AUGAUACCAACGAAAGUGACCCCGACGACGUCGGCGCAGCCCGGAGAUGCCACUGAAAUGGUUCAAGUGGAGCUGAACCGAGUUGUGUCGAACGAUUCGAACUACGCGGCUCCAGAAAACUCGAUCGAUCUCGUCGACGAGGAAGUUGGUCCGAUUGAGGAUCGAAUGGUAAAGGAAACCGUCGUUACGAUCGACACUACGGACAAAAGGAGUCACCGAGUUGCAAGAGCGCAGCAUACUUAUGCCGCGAAGAAAACGGUUGCACAGGGAAUGAUGGACGUUGCUCUCAUAACCGCGAAUGCCAAUCAGCUGCGAUAUCUCGUCGAGUAUCAACGGAAUAGUCCAACUUUUUUCGUCAACGUUUUUCUCAUUGUUGUCAGCCUCUUACUCCAGAUCGCAGUGGGCGUGAGUCUGAUAUUCAAGGGUCGUUACGACAUCCGGGGAAAGGGAAAAUCGCCGCAGGCAUUGAAAAUCAAUAAUUACGUGGUAGUAGCUGUCUUUUUGAUAACAAUAAUAAACGUGUUCGUCGCUUCGUUCAGCGUGUCUUCCUCGCCCGUGAGUUUACGGCCAGCGUCGUCGGUGCAACGACUUCCGCCGUGA